CGUGUGCAGCAGGUGUGUUUGUGAAGGUGUGUGCCCUGACACAACAUGUUUGAAGAGCUCCUGCAGGCUCCUGCUUUGGCCUCCUGGUUGGGGCUUCUUGCAGGCUUGCUGGCCGUCUAUCUUUUGUACUCCAGUUGGACUUUCCAGGAUAAACAGAAGAAUCCUCCCGGGCCCAGACCUCUUCCCUUGCUUGGUAACUUGCAUCAGUUGGAUCUUCAGUGGCUUGAUAAGUCACUUUUUGAGCUGUCUAAAAGGUACGGACCGGUGUUUACCGUCUACCUGGGACUCAAGAAGGUGGUGGUCCUGGCUGGAUGCAAGACAGUCAGACAGGCUCUCAUCAACCAUGCUGAGGAGUUUGGGGACAGAGAAACCAGCCCUUUAUUCCACGAUUUCUCCAAAGGGCAUGGGAUAACAUUCUCCAACGGUGAUGGCUGGAAGGAAAUGAGGCGCUUUACCUUAACAACUCUGCGAGAUUUUGGGAUGGGCAAGAGACUCAGUGAGGAGAAAAUCAGUGAGGAAUGUCACUAUCUGAUUGAAGAGUUUGAAAAACAUAAAGGCAAAGCAUUUGACAACACAACGAUCAUCAGCUAUGCAGCUUCAAAUAUCAUUUCAGCCAUCAUGUUUGGGAAGAGGUUUGACUUCAAUGAUGCGGUCCUCCCGGAUAUGGUGAAAAAUGACCAAGAAACCAUCCGUCUGUCUGGAUCAGCUUCCAUCAUGAUCUACGAUGCGUUUCCAAUGCUGGGUCCUUGGCUUAAAAACUGGAGGGAUAUAAUGAAGAACAUGGAGAAUAACAAGCGUCAUAUAUCGCAAUUAAUAAACACACUCAAAGAGACUUUCAAUCCUGACAUAUGUCGGUGCUUUGUCGAUGCUUUCUGCACACGUAAGCUGAGUCUGGAGGAGUCUGAUGCUCAAGGGGUGCACUACCAUGAUGACAACCUGGUCUACAGUGUGAUGAAUUUGUUUGCCGCUGGAACUGACACAACAUCCAACACUCUUCGCUGGAGUCUACUUUUAAUGGCCAAGUACCCUCAAAUACAAGAUCGGGUCCAGGAGGAGCUUAGUAGAGUGGUGGGAGACCGUCAGAUCACAAUGGAGGACAGGAGGAACCUGCCUUACAUCGAUGCUGUCAUCCACGAGACGCAGAGGUUCGCCAACAUCGUCCCCACUUCCGUCACUCGCAGCACCAGCAGAGACGUCACCUUCCAGGGAUACUUCAUUGAAAAGGGGACCACUGUGCUCCCUCUGCUGACAUCUGUCCUCUAUGAUGAGAGUGAGUGGGAGACACCAAACACCUUCAACCCUUUCCACUUCCUGGACAAGGAGGGUAAAUUCUUUAGGAGGGAUGCUUUCUUGCCCUUCUCUGCAGGCCGCAGGGCUUGUCUUGGGGAAGGUCUGGCCCGGAUGGAGCUUUUCCUCUUCUUCACACACCUCCUGCAGCGCUUUCGAUUCACCCCUACACCCGGGAUGUCGGAGGACCAGCUGGAUUUGACCCCAGUGGUGGGAUUUACACUCAGUCCUCUACCACACCAGUUGUGUGCUCGGACUGACCUUUAAAGGCCUACUGAAACCCACUACUAGCGACCACGCAGUUUGAUAGUUUAUAUAUCAAUGAUGAAAUAUUAACAUUGCAACACAUGCCAAUACGGCCAGUUUAGUUUACUAAAUUACAAUUUUAAAUUUCCCGCGGAGUUCCCUGUUGAAAACGUCGCGGAAUGAUGACGCAUGUUUGUGACGUUAUUGGUCGGAGGAGACAUAUUUGACAAGCACCACUUACGGCUAAAAGUCAUCUCUUUUCAUCGCAUAAAUACACAGUAUUUUGGACAUCUGUGUUGCUGAAUCAUUUGCAAUUUGUUCAAUUAAUAAUGGAGACGUCAAAGAAGAAUGCUGUUGGUGGAAAGCGGUGGAUUGCAGCUGCCUUCAGCACCGAGACACAGCCGGUGUUUCUUUGUUUGUUGUGAAGCUUUAACACAGGGCGGUCAAGCGAACAUGUUUCUCUACGUCAACCAGCAAGUUUUUGGAUGAGAAAAUUGUGAUAUUAAGUCGGCUCCUACCAGAGACUUGAGUGGAUUAUGCAACCUCCUCCUGUAGCUGUCAAAAAGGCAGCUGUGAUCUUGGCUCCCCCAUUGGUUUCUCUCAGAGACACAGGCGUUCACCGCAGCCCUCCGACUUUCAGGUAUGACUUUAUAAUCUCACUAAAACACUAUUAACACAAUAAGCAGAUAAGGGAUUUUCCAGAAUUAUCCUAGUAAAUGUGUCUAACAUCUGAAUCGCUCACACUACCGUCGCCUUUUUUUUUUUUUUUUAAGUGCUUCACUCUAACUUUACUCAUCCACAAAUCUUUCAUCCUCGCUCAAAUUAAUGGGGAAAUCGUCGCUUUCUCGGUCCUAAUCGCUCUUGCUGCUGGUGGCUAUGAUUAUAAACAAUGUGAGGAUGUGAGGAGCCCUACAACCUGUGACGUCACGCGCACAUCAUCUGCUACUUCCGUUACAGCAAGGCUUUUUUAUUAGCGACCAAAAGUUACGAACUUUAUCGUCGAUGUUCUCUACUAAAUCCUUUCAGCAAAAAUAUGGCAAUAUCGCGAAAUGAUCAAGUAUGACACAUAGAAUGGACCUGCUAUCCUUGUUUAAAUAAGAAAAUCUAAUUUCAGUAGGCCUUUAGUCACUGCUUAUCUUUUAAGCAGACAUAUUUGAGUGACGGACCAGAAAAGGUAGUUAAAUCAAACUUUAUUCAUAAAGCGCUUUACAUAGAUGAAAGAAAUGCAACGCAAAGUGCUUUCCAAAAUUAAAAACAAUACCCCGGUGACCCAGAUCCUUCAUAAUUGCACGCACAUACACACACAUGCACAUGUAUGAAUGUCGGUUUUACGAGCAAACGAGCAUGUUCGGUAGCGUACAAAAACAUACAAACCCCGUUUCUAUAUGAGUUGGGAAAUUUUGUUAGAUGUAAAUAUACAGAAUACAAUGAUUUGCAAAUCCUUUUCAACCCAUAUUCAAUUGAAUGCACUACAAAGACAAGAUAUUUGAUGUUCAAAAAUAAAAAUUAACUUAGAAUUUCAUGGCUGCAACACGUGCCAAAGUAGUUGGGAAAAGGCAUGUUCACCACUGUGUUACAUCACCUUUUCUUUUAACAACACUCAAUAAAAGUUUGGUAACUGAGGAAACUAAUCGUUGAAGCUUUGAAAGUGGAAUUCUUUCCCAUUCUUGUUUUAUGUAGAGCUUCAGUCGUUCAACAGUCCGGGGUCACCGCUGUCGUAUUUUACGCUUCAUAAUGUGCCACACAUUUUCGAUGGGAGACAGGUCUGGACUGCAGACGGGCCAGGAAAGUACCCGCACUCUUUUUUUUUUUUUAUACGAAGCCACGCUGUUGUAACACUUUUCUUGCUGAAAUAAGCAGGGGCAUCCAUGAUAACGUUGCUUGGAUGCCAACAUAUGUUGCUCCAAAACCUGUAUGGACCUUUCAGCAUUAAUGGUGCCUUCACAGAUGUGUAAGUUACCCAUGCCUUGGGCACUAAUACACCCCCAUACCAUAACAGAUGCUGGCUUUUGAACUUUGAGCCUAUGACAAUCCGAAUGGUUAUUUUCCUCUUUGUUCCGGAGGACACCAUGUCCACAGUUUCCAAAUAUAAUUUGAAAUUUGGACUCGUCAGACCACAAAACACUUUUCCACUUUGGAUCAGUCCAUCUUAGGUGAGCUCCGGCCCACCCAAGCCGGCGGCGUUUCAGGAUAUUGUUGAUAAAUAGAAUUGGCUUUGCAUAGCAGAGUUUUAACUUGCACUUACAGAUGUAGUGACCAACUGUAGUUACUGACAGUGGUUUUAUGGAGUGUUCCUGAGCCCUUGUGGUGACAUCCUUUACACACUGAUGACGGUUUUUUGAUGCAGUACCGCCUGAGGGAUCAAAAGUCUGUAAUAUCAUCGCUUAUGUGUAGUGAUUUCUCCAGAUUCUCUGAACCUUUUGAUGAUUUUACGGACCGUAGAUGGUAAAAUCCUUAAAUUCCUUGCAAUAGCUCGUUAAGGAAUGUUGUUCUAAAACUGUUUGACAAUUUGCUUACAAAGUGGUGACCCUCGCCCCAUCCUUGUUUGUGAAUUACUUAGCAUUUCAUGGAAGCUGCUUUUAUACCCAAUCAUGGCACCCACCUGUUCCCAAUUAGCCUGCACACCUGAGGGGUGUUCCAUAUAAGUGUUUGAUGAGCAUUCCUCAAUUUUAUCAGUAUUUAUUGCCACCUUUCCCAACUUCUUUGUCACGUGUUGCUGGCAUCAAAUUCUAAAGUUAAUAAUUAUUUGCAAAAAAAAAAAAUGUUUAUCAGUUUGAACAUCAAAUAUGUUGUCUUUGUAGCACAUUCAAUUGAAUAUGGGUUGAAAAUGAUUUGCAAAUCAUUGUAUUCCGUUUAUAUUUACAUCCAACACAAUUUCCCAACUCAUAUGGAAACGGGGUUUGUACAAGCAGACUUCGUGUGUAGACAGAAAAGGGAGAACGGACGCAUUUUGGCUUAAAAACUAACAAGAAAGGUAAAGUUAUAACACUGAAACGCCCUCAGGAAGAGGGGCUUCAAUGGCUUGCUAUCUAGCGGCUAAAGUCCAGCCCCAGUCGGCAGUGUUUUAGCUACUUCUAAAUCACUAAUCCUCACCUCCAUGGCGACAAAUAAAGUAAGUUUCUUACAAGUAUCAUCCCUGCAGGACGAGGAAUAGCUAAACAUGCUUCACUACACACCGUAGCUCACCGGCGUCAAAAUGUAAACAAAUGCCAUUGGUGGAUCUACACCUAACAUCCACUGUAAUGAUACCAAGUACAGUAGCGUAUCUAGUCGAUACUACUAUGAUUACGUCGUUAUUUUUUGGCAUCGAAACAUCUUCUUUCCUUUUUUUAAAAUGUAAAUUAUGUUUAUAAACUCAGGAAAUAUGUCCCUGGACACAUGGGGACUUUGAAUAUGACUACUUGGUAUCAAAUUUGUGGUAUCAUCAUCCAAAACUAAUUUAAAGUAUCAAACAAGAGAAGAAGAAGUGAUUAUUACAUUUUAACAGAAGUGUAGAUAGAACAUGUUAAGAGAGAAAGUAAGCAGAUAUUAACAGUAAAUGAACAAGUCGAUUAAUAAUUCAUUUUCUACCACUUGUCCUUAAUAACGUUGACAAAAUAAUAGAACGGAAAAUGACACAAUAUGUUACUGCAUAUGUCAGCAGACUAAAUUAGGAGCCGUUGUUUGUUUACUUACUACUAAAAGACAAGUUGUCUUGUAUGUUCACUAUUUUAUUUAAGGACAAACUUGCCAUAAGAAACAUAUGUUCAAUGUACUGUGACAUUUUGUG